CGCCAAGUGGUUAUGGGUCUUACCAAUUGCUUUAAAGGCUCUCCAAACUGGUAAACUUUAUUCCACUGGUGCAUUUGUUCCAUGGAAGCCGCUUGCUUCUUUCCCAACUCAUGGUAACCUCAAUUGCCAUGUUCACCUAGCAUAGGCUUUGCUGCAAUUAGUGUUAUCUGGACGCUUCCCCGGCGGCUUGGAGACAAGUGGUCCCGGCCACACGUACAAUUGAGGAAUGCUGCUCGAGCGACAGCAGAGCUCGGCGCAAUGCUCGACAUCAUAUACUCCUCUUCCAGAACAGAAUUCGUCACUUAAACGCCUUAAGCGACGGCAGAGAGUGAGGUGUUCUGCCCAAUUGAGGCCUCAUCAUGUCGUUCCUUCAUCGGAGCAGGCCCUUCCUUUCCGCCACGCGCCACUCCCCCGCCCGGCAGCCGCGUCCGCCAGCACCGCCUGGGCCCCCUCCUCCUCCCCGCAGCACCGCACCCUCCCCCUGCCCCCGCCCCCCUCCCUCUCCCCCCCUCCUCCUCCCACCCCCGACCUGCUUGUCUCCACCCGCAUCCCCAGCUCCAUUCCCUCCCUGGAGGACCUGCAGCACCUGCACCAGCGCGCCAGCACCGCAUUACCUCCCUCCAGCAACCAGGCCGGCAGCGCCCGCCGCCGCCGCUCGGCACGCCCCCAGGAGCCGCACCACGAUUCGCACCACCAUGCAGACCCGCGCACGCAAGGCCCUCAUGCGCGGUCGCAGCAGCAAUUCUUCCCUGGUAGACCCGGCGGCCCCCGCCCUGCCGCCCCCCCUCCGUCCUCCUCCACCUCGGGUGUCAUGCAGCUGACCCUGGCCAUCAAGGCAGUGCGCGACUGGCGCCGCCUGCCGCACCUGCUCAGCCAGCUGGGGACCAACACCCCUGCUGGUGGUGGUGCUGCUGCUGGUACUGGAGGGGAGGGAGGACUGCCGCAUCUGCAGCACCACCAGCAUCAGCCGGCGGCCGCAGCAGCGGGACUGGACCCCUUCAACGCGGCUGCGUUGCUGACGCACCUGGCUCAGCGGGUGGCGCUGGAGGGGCGGCAGCUGGAGGGGGAGGAGCGGAGGCUGCUGGAGCAGCUGCAGUCCACUGCUCUGGCUGUUGUGGACGCGCACCUGCCGCACUACCGCGCCCGCCAGCUGGCCAACGUGACGUGGGCGCUGGCGCGGCUGGGGCUGCCGGCGGGCGCCGCGUUCAUCCGGGAGCGCCUGCUGCCGGCAGCCGCCUCCAUGCUGCCAUGGUACGAGCCGCAGCACCUGUCCAACACGCUGUGGGCGCUGGCAGCCGCCGGUGUGCCCCCCUCCGACGGCUGGCUGGCGGAGUGGCUGACGGCCGCCUUCCCCGUGCUGCAGCGGCGGGCCUUCGCGCCGCAGCACCUGGCCAACGUGCUGUGGGCGCUGGAGCGGCUGGGGGUGAUGCCGGACCAGGAGUGGCUGGCCGCCUACUACGACUGCGUCUCCGCCGCUCUGCCCGCCUGCAACCCGCAGGACUGCUCCAACAUCCUCUCCGCGCUGGCACUGCUGGGGCUGCACGCCCGCGACCCGCAACCCACCCGCCAGCUGGCGGCGGGCCUGGGGGAGCGGCUGAGGCAGCUGCUGCUGCAGGAGCAGGCGGCGGGGACGGGGGUGGGGGCUGCGAGGGAGAAGGCGCCUGCGGGUAGCAGCAGCCGCGGCAAAGCCGGCAGCAACGGUGCCGCCCCUCCCUCGAGAUCAGCAGCAGCCGCAGCGUCAGCCGCACUGGACGCUGCCGUCCUGACACCCACACCCACACGCCCGGGUGUGCUGGUGGGCGGGCUGGCUGGUGACGAGCUCGGCCCGGGGGCUGGGGCUGAGGCUGAGGCUGUUCACCCCGCCGGUCCCUCCGAAGCGCCCUCACCCGCCGCCGCCGACAGCACACCAGCUUCCACCGCACCAGCAGCAGCAUCAGCGGCAUCAGGGGUGGUGGCGGUGAGUGACCAGUCGCUUGCCAACAGCAUGUGGGCCCUGGCGGUGAUGGGGUGCGACCCGGGGGAGCCGCUGUGGGGCGCAGUGGGGGCGGCCAUGCUGGCACGGCUGCAGCAGCCGGGGGCCAGCAGCUCCUCGUCUUCCUCCUCCUCCUCAGCUGCUGCUGCUGCUUCUGGGGGUACUGGUGCUGGUGCUGCUAGUGCUGGCGACGCCGGCAGCAGCAGCAGUGGUAACAGCGGCAGACCUUCCUCAUCUCGGCGAGCGCUGCGGCCCUCGUCGGCCUCCUCCUCAGCAGCCGCGGCGGCGACGACGUCCUCCACACCCCCCUCCUCCCCCUCCUCCCCACCCCCGCUGUCCCCCGCCGCGCUGUGCCUGCUGCUGUGGUCCGCUGCCUCCCUGCAGCGGGCGCUGCCGGGGCGGGUGAUGGCGGCGGUGUACGGCGGGGUGCGGCGGCAGGAGCUGGCGGGGUGGGAGCCGCGCACGCUGGCAACCAUGGUCUGGUCCCUAGCCGCCGCGCCCCCCGACCAGCCCCGCCCCCCCGCCGACUGGGUAUCCGAGCUGCUCGCUGCGACCGCCGGCUGCCUGCCGCGCCUGGGCCCGCAGGCCGCCAGCAGCCUGCUGUACGGGCUGGGGCAGCUGGGGGUGCGGCCGCCGCCGGGGUGGAUGAGCGCGCUGCUGAACCACCUGCACCGGGGGCUGGCGGGGGAGGCCAGCUCGCAGUCGGUGAGCAACGUGCUGUGGUGCCUGGCCAAGAUGGGCUACCGGCUGGCGCCCGAGGGCAUGGACCUGCUGCUGGGGCGCCUGGUGGGCGGGAGGCUGGCGGGCUGGGCGGAGGCGAGGCAGGCCUGGCAGCAGCAGGGGCGGGAGCGGGAGGAGGAGCGGGAAGAGCGGGAACGCCAGGAGCAGGGGCCACUGCUACACCACCACUACCACCAGCAGCAGCAACGGGAGCAGGAGGAGCGGUCGCCCGACGAGCAGCAGCAGCAGCAGCACCUACACUCCCCAGCAUGGCUGCAGCCCCAGCAGCCCUCACAGCACCAGGAACAGCACCCACAACGGCAAGCCUCCCAGCGGCCAACCAUGCAGCAGGUGCCGCCCCCGCAUGCACCCCCCUCCCCUACCCCUCCUCCCUCUCCCCCUCCUCCCCCUCCCCCCUUUAGCGCCCCCGAGCUGUCCUCGCUGCUCUACUCGCUGGCACUGCUGCGCCACCCCCCGCCGCCGCCCCUCUCCAGGCUGCUGCUGGCGGCGGCACGCGCCCGGCUGGGCGAGGCGGGGCCGCGGGAGCUGAGCAACAUGAUGUGGAGCCUGGCGGCGCUGGAGCUGCGCCCCUCCGACGCCUGGCUGGAUGACUUCUUCUCCGCCGCCCUCGCCCGCCUGCCGCACUUCCACUCGGGCGACCUGGCGCAAACCCUGUACGGAGCUGCCAAGCUGCGACUGCCCCUGCAACUGCCGCCAGCCACACCCGAGCAGCAACACCCACACCUACACCCACCUCACCCGAACCCACAUCCGCCCGCACCACCACCAGCAGCCGCACCCAGCGACCCACCUCCGCAUCCCCCCACCUCCUCCGCCUCCCGCUGGCUGUCCUCCGCGUUGCACGCCGCCCCCCGCCUGCUGCCCUCCGCCAGCGCGCAGGAGCUGUGCAACCUGGCCUGGGCGCUGGUGCAGCUGGGGGUGCCGGUGGGACAGCAGCAGCGGGAGGAGCGGGAGGAGGAGCGGGAGCGGGAGAGGAGGAGGAUGCAGGGCGGAAGGAGGCGGUGGGCGAGUGCCGCCGAGCAGCCCCAGCAGCCCCAGCACCCCCAGCAGCAGGGUGCGGGUGCCCGGUUGGCCGCUGCCUUCGCCUCGCGGCUGGUGGCGCUGAGUCGCGGGGGUUGCGAGCCGGGUCAGCUGGCGCUGGGGGUGUGGGCGCUGGGCAAGUGGGGCGUGCGGCCCAGCGAGGGGAUGGCGGUGCAGCUGGAGGUGGCCACGUUCCGCAUGAUGCCCUCCAUGCGCUCCCACGAGCUGGCUGCCAUGUUGAGUGGCUUCGCCGGCAUGCGCCACACGCCCCCGCCCGACUGGCUGGAGGAGGCCCUGCAGCACGUCCUGGCCCUCAGCCGCCAAAUGGGCCCCCACGACUGGACCGUGGUGCUGCUCUCCCUGUCCCGACUGCAGGCGCGGGAUGCCAGUCUGCGGCCGCGGGCGGAGGAGCUGCUGCAGCAGCGGCUGCUGCCGCGGCUGGGCCGGCUGCCGCUGGUGUCGCUGGUGCUGCUGUCGUACUCGUGCGGGUGCAUGGGAGCCGGGCACACGGGGUUGCAGCUGGUGGGGCGGUGCAUAGCGCUGCUGGCGGAGGGGGGAGGGGAGCAGGGGGCGGACGAGGAGGAGGAGGAGGAGGAGGAGGACAGGGAAGGCGGCAGGCGAGCUACGGCAGCAGGGGGCGACAGCGGGGUUGAUGAGGAGGAGGACGAGGGGGAGGAGUUGCGGAGGCUGCAGCUGCAGGCGGCCGCUGCUGCUCCGGCUGCUAGGAGCGCGGAAGGGCUGCAAGGCGGUGGCCGCGGCGGCGGUGCUGCUACGGAUGCUGCGGGAGCGGGGGGUGUUGGCGAGCUGUCGCGGCGUGUGUGCGUGUCCUCGCUGCGCGCUGCGGAGCUGGGUGCGCUGCUGUGGUCGGCGGUGCGGGUGGGCAUGCGGAUGCUGCCGCGGGGCUUCAGGGACCGCUUCUUCAGCCACACGCAGCCGCUGCUCCCCUCGCUGCCCGGCAGCCUGCUGGCCUGCUUCCUGUGGUCUGCGGGCCGGCUGCGGCUGUGGGCGCCGGGCGGCUGGCGGCUGGCGGCGGUGGUGCGCGUGGAGGCGGUGCUGCCGGAGCUGCGGGCGCGGGAGCUGGCCAUGACACUGGCGGGGCUGGUGUGGCUCAGGCUGGGCUACAGCAGGCGCCUGCUGUGCAAGCUCUCCGCCGCCCUGACCGCGCAGGAGCCCCUCAUGGCUCCCGAGCUGCGGGCACAUGCGCGCGGCUGCCUGGGAGUGCUGCAGCGGCGGCUGCGGGCGGCGGACCGGCGGGAGCGGCGCUUCGGGGCGAGGCGGGUGUGGGUGGCGAGGGUGCGAGGGGGGCUGGAGCGGGCGGCUAGGGAGAAGGAGGAGGCCAGGGAGGCGAGAGCGAGGAAGGCGCGGGCGCCUGCUGUAGCAGCAACUGCAGAUGUGGAGGGUGUGGAGGGUGAGAGCAGGGGAGGGAAGGAGUGCAAGGGCAAGGGGGCCGUAGUGUUGUUGCGACCCAUAGGUCGGUUGAGCAGGCGAAAGGCGCUGCGGGAGUCGCUGGUUCGGCGGAGGCCAAGUCGCGUGCUUGUGCGGAAGUCGCCGGAGGGGGAGGAGUGAUGGCGGGAAGGGGGUUAGAGCUCGAGGCGAUGGACUGCUGGGGGGAUGCAGUACGAUGUACGAUAGGGGCCUUCGGUGGGGGUGAUGAGAAGGCGGCAAGCUGGGGCGGAUGGGAAUCCGCUUCAUUGGCGGUGUGGCGGCGGCUUGAGACAUCCGAAUACUACUGACGGCCCGGUGUGAGAGGGAGCAAGAGGGAGUGGUAGUGCUUGUAAGGCGAGAGGGAUAGGGGGGUUGAAGGGCAACGUACGAGCUAGGCAGGCGCACCAGCGUCCGAGGAAAUACUUUAGACACGAGUUGUGUUUGUGCGUUUACCCUGUGGAGCAACCUUGAGGUUUAGGUUUGUUUAGGUUUUCGAGAUAACCUGACGUAUAGUUGAGCAACCCAUGGUGGGACAAGCGUCGGGGCCUGCAGCUAUUGCUAGGCAGUAGCAGCAUUAGCAGGACGUGCAUGUGUUAGGCGCUAGUAGCUAGAGAUGUUCGGCGUGUAGUGUGAGAUACCACAAGCGCGGUGGUCAUCAUGGUCGGCUGGUGGCCACCGCAUGGGGCAUGGGGUAGCGUUUUGCAGCUGCGGCUUGCCUUGGAGACGUGUGUGGGUGUUGUACUAGGAAUGCGGCCCAUGUGGCGAUGUGCAGGCACUUGUAUUGGAGUGCUGGUGCCGCGGAGGGCGGAUUGCCGGGUGGAGGAAACACCGGCGGCGGUGGAAGAGGAAUCUUCGAGGAGACAAGAACACGCAUACGGUAGACGUUAGCCAAGGAGGCAGGGGGCAACCGGUUUGGAGGACUGACGGUGCGGAGGCGGCGACAUGUUGAUCCACAGAAGACGCAGAUAGACAUGCAUGCAGAAGUUGGCGGAUGAACGGGGCCUCGAAGUCGGCCCGUUGCAACCUGCUGCUAUGCAUGUAAGAGC